AGGAGGGGGAGAAAGUUGAGGGGUGUGUGUAUGUGUAUGUGUGUGUGGGUGGGAGGGAGAAAGAAAGAAGCAGAGCAAGAAAUCCAAUUCGCGUAGGUGGCUGCAAGAGACGGACUGUGUAACUAAGCGGAGCCGCGGGCAGAUCUCUCCGGGCAGAGAGAGGAGGGAGCCCAGUGUCACAUCACUGAGAGUGAGAGCAAGUCCUCCCCCUCCCUCCCUCCCUCCCUCCCUCUGCCCCCACGCUGUUCCAGGCACUGGCGCGACCAGAGAGGACCAGGCGCUGGGACAACAGGCGACAAAGUUCUCACUUGGCUCCACACACACAGCACCCAGUUCCACAGCAGGGAGAGUGUGAGUGUGAGUGAGUGAGAGGGAGAGAGGCAGACACUGACUCACAGUGGAUCAGGUGCAGCAGUUGGCCAUGGCAACUUCACUACCAAGGACUCUUGGUGAAUUGCAACUCUAUCGUAUUCUUCAGCGAGCCAACCUUUUGUCUUAUUAUGACGCUUUCAUACAGCAAGGUGGAGACGAUGUACAGCAGCUCUGUGAAGCAGGGGAGGAGGAAUUCUUGGAGAUCAUGGCCUUGGUUGGCAUGGCCAGCAAACCUCUGCAUGUUAGGAGGUUGCAAAAAGCUCUGCGAGACUGGGUGACAAAUCCCUCUGUCUUUAACCAACCACUGAACUCUCUUCCAGUCAGUAGCAUCCCACUGUAUAAGAUAUCUGAGGGCUCCGCUGCCUAUUCUGGUUCAACUGCCAGCAGCAACGAACGAAGCAAUAACCAUCGUGAUCCAGUGAAGUUUUCAAAGUGCUUGGCUGCCCUGUGUGGACAGGGAGUGGGGUCAACCAAGCCUGUGUUGGCGGGAAGUUCGCCACUGCAGAUGCCCAACGAGCCACGCUUCUGGCAAGGACAGUCCGCAACUGAGAGUGAACAAAGUCUUUCCCCUGCUGAUCCCUCGUCCCCAUCCUCGCCGAGAGAGAAUGGGGAGGCUCUCGAUGCUGCUGCCGUUGUUGCCGUCGCCGAAUCUGUUGAACGGUUGAUUCAAGGCGUUCCAAAGACUGACCAGAAUGAAGUGAAAGAGUUUUUAAGAACAAAUAAGAAGUUAGCAAAGAUGAUCAGUCACAUCUUCGACAUGAACGAUGGCGACCCCCACAAAGAAGAAGAAAUACGAAAAUACAGUGCGAUUUAUGGACGAUUUGACUCCAAAAGGAAAGAUGGAAAGCAGCUGACACUUCAUGAGCUGACUGUAAACGAAGCAGCCGCUCAACUCUGUACGAAGGACAUUGCUUUGCUCACUCGACGAGAUGAACUAUUUACAUUAUCCCGUCAGGUGUCUCGCGAAGUAACCUACAAAUAUACUUACAAAACGUCCAGGUCGCGAUGUGCAGAGCAAGAGGAAUUAUCUCCUAAACGUAUAAAGACCGAGGAUGCGGCUGUUCACAUUCAAGAAUCGCUACAGAUUUUACAACAGAGACAAGAAGGGUUAAAAGAGCAAAUGGCUCUUGCCAAGAUGAAAGGUGAUGAUGCCAUGGUUCGUCAUAUUCAGGUCCAGCUUGAAGCCAUAGCAGCUAAAUACAUAAUGAUCGUACGUGAACAUUCAGGUCAAGACAUGUUUCAGACAGAUGACCCACGUCUGUCUGCCACAGCUUGUAGACAAUAUUCUGAAGAGCGCAAUUCCAGAAGCCCUUCAGCUGAGAACAUGGAUGGACCAGCAGCUGACAAGCCAUUGAAUCUCAGGAUCUCUAAUCAGCAGAGCAGGCAAAUAAUGCAGCAAAUGAGAUCUGGAGAGGAUCUACACCUGGCUAAGCAGGUGUCCAAUGAAUUAAGCAGACUAUAUUCCAGCCAUCUGAGAGAGCCUCAUUCCUCAGAAAACAUAGGCACAUUGAAGGAGUUCUGUCAGACGAUUCUAAAUCAUACAGAAAAGAAGAAUGAAACAUUGAAACCAAUAAAAAUAGAACCUGAAGAUAUUAGAUAACCUUUUCCUAAAUCUGCCUUUCUCAAAAUGGCAUCAACAAGUACCGUACCCAAAGCCUUAAAGACCAGGGUUGCCUCGUACCUGUCCAAUUAUUGUGGUUUUCUGUCUUUUCAAUGUUGCUGUGGAAAAUGUUUUGUUAGUUCAGUAGUAAACAGAAUAAUUACAAAACUGUUACUUCAUUGUUGGCUGUGUUCAUUAAGUACUACUGCUUGUUUGAGCAGUGAAUAAACUGUUUAAAACUAACCUAUUUAACAUUAUUUUAAGAAAAUGAUUCAACAAGAAAAGCAAACUCUAGUGAAAAUGGAACACAGUAUUGAAAAUAGUCAAUAAACAACACAUCUUUUUUAAACUACACUGUCUUAAGAGAUAGAUAAUGCAUUGCUUUUGUCUAGAAUCUAGUCUUGCUUAAUGAAACUUUCCCACACAUUUUAUACUUUUAUUUUGAUCAAAUGUGAAGUGAUGUAUGCAUGUAAUGUCAAAGCUUAUAUCAAGUACUGUAAUUAUAUAUAUUUGACAUGUUCAUUUAUCAUCAAUAAGGCAUGUGGGAUAGAAUUCUAUCAGGCACAAGCUUUGCUGAAUCAGUGUUGUUGAGGUGCACCAAAAUAGGCCACAGGGUAAACACAACUGUUCAACCUUCUAAUGUAUUGAAAGAGGAAAAAACUAAUGCUUGAAAGCAGUUCUGAAUGUUACUCUGCAUUUCAAGCACACAUUGAAGUUAUUUUCAGGUAUUAGAAGCAGUGCAAAUGUUUGACUAAAAUACAAGUGUUGGUAGGCUCCAAUUUUAUUUAAUUAGUUUGCAGGUCAGACAUCGGAAAAUGUCCACAUCCCUAUUUAGAGGCAGAGGGCAGAUUGUAGGAAGAUUCUAAACAUGCCAUUUUUCUAUUCAGUACAUUUUUAACAUAUGUUUAUAUACAUUAUCCAUCAAUCUUUUCACCUUUUAUAUUUUUAUUACUCUGUAGUUUAUACGAUUAAUCAUUACCAAAAAUUGCUGCACCUUUGUUUUUAUUUGAAACACCAGCCUUCAGCAGAUCUGAUGAUGGAAGACUCAAUGGUAAACAAAAACCUUAGUCAAGAGCACGAUGUUUGCAACAUUCCUAUUGAAAUGAGCAGAAAUGAUACUCAGAUUUGGACUGCAUUAAAAUUUGUAGAAUUGUUUUUUUUAAACCUUUUAAUUGUGCUUUUACUUUUUUAUUCAUGUUAACAAUUAUGUUGCAUUUUGUUUGUGGAGAAUUUAGUUGAUGAAAGCACAGAUAUUUUAACCUGAUUGUACUGGUAGCCAAAGUGCCAUACGAUUUUUGCUACAGAGAUCAAAAAUCAAUAUAAAAGUAGCAUUGAAGAGAAAAGACACCAGGGAGAAAACAACUGCAAUAAUGACAGAAAUAAUACUGAUUUAAUGCAUUUGAUUUGAACAGCUGAUAGUACAUUUGUGUUCAUAACAUGUAAUAAGCAACUUUGGGAGCUGGUUAUUACAUUUUAGCCAAACUUGAGUGUCAUGUUAUAUUAUCCAUAAUUAACUGGAGUAUAUCUUUAGAAUUAUAUUGGCAGAUUAGGUAAACGGGAAUUGAAAGCAGUUCCUUGUGGUACAAUUGAAAUAAUUUAAAUACUAUGUUGUACAAUGUUGCCAUGAUAUGUUCUCGUGAAUUUCGACCUGUAAUGUACUGAUGUUACUAUAAUAAUGUCUUGAUUGUUAGCCGGUAGUAUGUUAGAACAUAAUUUAAAACUCUAUCUCCCUCAUAACCCUUUAGUAACUGUAAAGCAAAGAUCAACAGUACCCAUACUCUAAUAUAAUCAGUAAUAUGUUGUGCUAAUAUCAUUGUUUCCUUUUGGAACAUUACAAGGGUCCAACAAUGUCUGGGAGAAUGAUUAUUGUUCUAAUAGUCUGUACUGUAUUGAAAUUGUUACUUAAUUGACAAAUGGGCCAGUGUUAAUUAUUCUGAGUGGUCUGAAUACAACAUAAGAUGUUUUAGAUAAACACUAAUGUAUUUAAUUUGUAAUAUAAACAUUAAAAUAUAUUUUUGGAGUUCGGA